CUCCAUAUGACCGGCGGGGCUCACACACAUGCUGCAGUCUGUCUGUGUGGAACAAGUACUGGACCUCCACAGAAAGACACAACGGAAAUAAAGAGAGCGAGAGAGAGAGAGAGAGAGAGAGAGAGAGAGAGAGAGAGAGUUUCCAGUAGAAGGAGAGAGGAGAGGAGAGCGCAGACAGAGACCAGUGGAGGGUUAUUUAAAUGUCCCUUUAUAUGGUUCUCGGAUCAUAAACACUUCUCGGCUCUAUAAACAUGCACCUACUGGGAAUAUCUCUGUUACUGGCAUACCUCCUCUACACCAACCUCGCCAGCGACUUCAGCCACAGCCACGAGUAUUAUGAGUACUACGAGCAGGAGGAGCAGAUGGACGAGCCGGACUCUUCACCAAAGCCAGACAUGGAGCAGAAGUUGCGUUCAGCCUCCAACGUCGAUGAACUGAUGAGUCUUAUCUAUCCGUCAUACUGGGCCGCUCUGAAGUGCAGAUCCAAACUCUCUGCUGCCUCUACAGCCUCUAAGCUCCAGCUUCGGCGGCUGAGGCCGCUGGCUGACACAGAAGAGCCAACAUUCGCUGCUGCCUACCUCAACUUGGAUCUCCUGAAAAGUAUAGAGUCAGAGUGGAGGAAGACUCAGUGCAUGCCCAGGGAAGUGUGUGUCGACGUGGGCAGGGAGUUCGGGGCUCCUACCAACAUCUUCUAUAAACCACCCUGUGUGUCCGUCUACAGAUGUGGAGGAUGCUGCCACUCUGAAGACAAACAAUGCAGGAAUAUCUCCACUGGUUACGUCAGCAAAACUCUGUUUGAGAUCACGGUGCCGAUCACCCAAGGCACCAAGCCGGUGACCAUCAGUGUGGCCAACCACACUCAGUGCAGCUGUCUUUCCAAACUGGACGUCUACAAACAAGUUCACAGCAUCAUCAGGAGAUCCCUGCCUGAGUGUCCAAUAGCCAACAGGACGUGUCCACCUGGUCAGUCUUGGAGCAGCAGGCAGUGUCGGUGUGUCAGCAUGACCGCCAAUGUGCACCACAACCCCCCUCCUCCACCACUGCCCCCUCCAAGGCCCUCCCAACAGCACCUUGACAUAUUCUCAGCAGAUGUGUGUGGCCAAGAUAAGGAACUGGACGUCGAAACCUGUCAGUGCGUGUGUCGGCGUGGAGAUCAGAGUCAAGACUGUGGCCCUAACCGACACCUCGACCGCAACACCUGCCAGUGUGCUUGCAACAUCCCGCCUGCUCCCUCCUGCCCGCAGAACCACGUCUUCAAUAAGGAGACCUGUCAGUGCACGUGUAGCAAGACGUGUCCGAGGCACCAGCCCCUCAGUAAAACAAAGUGUUCCUGUGAAUGUAACGAGUCGCCCAACAAGUGUUUCCUAAAAGGAAGGAGGUUUCACCAAGCCACGUGCAGUUGUCUCAGGCCUCCCUGUGAGGUAAGGAGGCGAAGGUGUGAACCAGGCUUCUCCUUCAGCGAGGAAGUGUGUCGCUGCGUACCGUCCCACUGGAGACGACUGGACUAACCGCCGGCUGAUAACACGCUAACGCCGAUGCUAAUGAGCAGAUAACAAACUUUAACAAGUAGAAUUCAUCACCCAUCCUGCUGCUGCUGGUCAUGAGUUUCCUCAUCAGCUGUGAUGGCAGCUAAGUGUGUGGACCCCGAUGAACGUGGGGAAACCUCCGUGACUGGAGUGCAGAUAUGGGAAGCUCUGGUGAUUUGAAGGUGGGAAAUGCACUGACUCGGCUUAUGAGGACGUUUUUAAUGGGAGAGGUGGCUGAUCGGAGCCCAGAAGAAGAAGUAAGGACUGAAAGAGAGAGUUGUUGACACUUGUUUUAAAAUACUGUCUAAAUAUACAGUAUAUAUGGGGGGGUUUUGUAUUAAUUAUGUCUCAGUAUUCUUAUGUCAGAUAUUGAUUAUAUAAUUUAUUUAAAUGUUAUUUUUCAACCUCUGUUUAUUGCAAUUUCAAUAUUUUUCCCUGAAAAUACACUGUGAUCAAUAUUUUUGUAUCAUUUAUAGUAUAUGUGUAAAAUAAAGUAUAUAAAUAAUAUUGUAAAACUUAGU